UCCGGACCGGUGACCCCGCCGGCAGAGUGCAUAUAUCCCGGCUCGUCGGAGUCUCAUCGGACUGAUAAGCCUGGUUUCAGGAUUUGUAACUUCUCGUCCAUCUGAACCUCAAGCAGUUCAUCCUAGUCAUCGCCCCGAGUGAGCAGGCCGAGCGAGCUCAUCAAGCCUGGCGCCCUCUCAUGUGGAACAUCUUCUACAAUCCUUCAGCUGUUUGUAUACACCAAUACAAUUUUCAAUCUCGAUUCCUCGAUUCAAGGAUGAGGUGAUAGCUGGCCUAUGUACAUAGCUACAGAUACCGCGUACCAGAUACGACACUUGACCAACGAGCCUUUGGCGUUAUCUAUCGGCCUUAUCUCUCGGGAAGGUGUUGUGACGUAUUUGAAUUGAUUUCUUGACGAGGAUUGCGAUGGUCGGAGUGCAGAGGACUUUUCUACAGAACUUGAAUCCAAACCUGAAGCGGUGCGAAGAAGAUACACUAGAGAGGCACGCAGUAGCAUCUGGUAUAACUAGAGCGUGCAAGAACGACGAAGGAAGAGGUCAAGUUUAGAAUUGUGUACACUGACAUUAUUCAAGAUGGAUGGUUCGGAGCACCUUUUCAUCUGACCCAUCCGCACACCGUUUAUCCAUCCAGCUCCAUUCCAAAUCAUGGCCGAACAGAUCCUCCUCGGCUUCUUCUGGUGUUCCCUGGCUUCACUAGCCUUGGUAGCUUGGACCAGCCAAUCCAAUUUCUUCAAUUCGAUCCUUUCAAUCAUCCUCGAGUUUCUAUCAAUCUUCAAGAUCUUCGGGAUAGCCUUACUGGCCAUCAUCAGUCUCGGGAUCGUCAUCGUUCUAUGGGAACAAGUGAUCAGUAAAACUCAGCUCUGGAAUAAAAUCUCAUCCACCUAUCUCAAAACCUCGAAUAAUCAUGCCCAGACAUCAUCAUCUCAAGACGGGCCACAGGACGAACAACGAUCGAUUCUACCCAUCGUCAUCGUCAUCGUCGGGCUGGGAAUCUUCGCAAUCCUCGAUACUUCUUUCCUCUUACCAUCCGGCCAACAGAACUCAUCAUCAAAACAUUCUCAACAUUCUCAACCUCCUCGCAACAAAAAGUCUAACCAAAACAAGACCGUCAUCCAAUUCUUCUCAGCUAUCCUCACCUUGGCCGUCGUCGUCGGAUUUAUCGUGUUCAAUAAGGACGAAUAUCGGGCUUGGAAGGCCCGUCGACGACUCUCAAAACAUCACAGGCGUAGGGCUAGACAAGAACAUUCUCUCAACUCGCCUCUAAGAUAACCAACAAGAUUCAAUCCCACACAAUUCCUCAUCUCUUCAUGAUAAAAAAAAAAAACAUUGUCAUCUUCAUCCACUUCAGUGCUGCCUCUCUAUCAAAACAAGAUUCUCUGCAUCACAUUCUCAGCUAUGUGCUGACCUAACCCUCAAAAUCAAAUUUCUCAGGGACACUCAAUCUGGUCAUCUCAUUUCUUCUUCCAAAUCAGGAAAACUCUUAUCAGUCUCUUUUUACCAUCAACAUCUUUCACGUGUACUUUUGGUCAACAGCUUUGAUCUUGUUCUCACAUUUCCAUCCAUUCUCAAUCUCUUCAAAUCAAAUCAACUAAGAAACUGUACCAUCUACUUCAUCAUUGGUCUUGUGUGUAAUUUUAUUAUGACUGUUUCUUACCCUCAUUCUGUCACUCUGUUCCUUUCCACAAAUUGUUUUUUUUGGCUCUCAGGUAGUCUAUUUUCCCUUUCAUGUUUGUAUUGGCUGUGAGUGUGGGUGUUUCCAGUUCCUCCUAACUUUCUAUCCAGAUUCCAAAUGUAUUGUUAUCCUUUAUUUGAUUGUUUAUAGAGAUUUUAUGAAUGUCAAGUUUGGGAUCUGAUUAAGAGCCACUUGGAUCAUCAAAGCAGUAAAUUCAGCAGUCAAUUUUGUCACUGAAUCUUCUAU